CUUUUGCUUUAAGUAUGUCUGUUGCUGAUGCUCCUUUUUCCCUAGUGCACAUUGACAUUUGGGGGCCUAACCCCAUUCCUUCUUAUGAUGGCUUCUCUUACUUUCUUACUCUUGUCGACGAUUUCUCUCAUCUCACUUGGUUGAUGCUCAUGAAAUCCAAAUCUGAAACCCGCAGCCACAUUGAAAGCUUUUUGUGCUUAUGUUGAGACCCAAUUCCAUACCAAAAUUAGGAGAAUUCGAAGCGAUAAUGGCCAAGAAUUCAAGAUGACUAGCUUCUUUGCAGCUAAGGGAAUUAUUCAUGAAACUUCUUGUGUGAAGACCCCCAACAAAAUAGUAGAGUUGAGCGAAAACACCAGCAUAUACUCUCGGUUGCUCGGGCACUUAAGUUCCAAGAUGCUUUGCCCCUUAGUUUUUGGGGUGAUUAUGUCCGCCAUGCUGUCCACUUGAUUAAACGGCUCCCUAAUCCUAUUAUGAAUAAUGAAAACCCAUUCCAGAAACUGCACCUCACCUCACCCAACUAUCAAGACCUUAAGGUCUUUGGCUGCCUUGUCUAUGCUUCCACUUUACCUUCUCAUUGCAACAAAUUCACCUCUCAAGCUAGAGAAUGUGUUUUCUUGGGUUUCUCUUUCGGUACCAAAGGUUAUAAACUCUAUGACUUGAACUCCCAUUCAAAUUUUGUUUCUCGUGACAUCAUAUUUUAUGAACACAUAUUUCCCUUUCAAUCUCUUCCCGACCCAGAUGCUGACAUAUCUAAAAAUGAUUCCCUUUUCCCUAUCCAGCCUCUCUUCCAUCACCCAUUCAUCCAACCACACCACCAGAUUCUUAUGAUGUUGACAUGGAUGAGGAACAACCUUCUUCUUCUUCUCCAUCCCCACUCCUUCAAAAAUCCAAACGCCCAACAAGACCCCCUGCUUAUCUCAUCUACUAUCAUCACAGCUUACUUUCACUUGGAAGAACCAAUACUCUUCCCCCAAGGUCUCCACCAAAUCAUCAAGGUAAACUUUAUGAUCUUCCAACUGUUCUUUCUUACUCUUCUCUUUCCCCUACCUAUCACCACUUUGCCCUUUCUGUGAGUUCCUUCCAUGACCCCAUUUCCUUUAAAGAAGCCUCCAUUCAUGCCCACUGGAACAAAGCUAUGUAGCGUGAGAUUGCUUCCCAGGAACAGAAUCAAACCUGGUCCAUUGUUGAUUUUCCUCCUGGCAAAAUUGCUAUUGGCUCAAAAUGGAUUUACCGGACCAAGUUUCUUUAUGAUGGUACUUUGGAACGCUUCAAAGCACGCAUAGUUGCCAAGGGUUACAGCCAACAAGAAGGUUUAGAUUAUACAGAAACCUUUGCACCAGUUGUUAAGCUCACUUCAGUUCGCACUCUCUUGGUUGUUGCUGCUAUUCGUGGAUGGCAUAUUCACCAACUUGAUGUAGACAAUGCUUUCCUACACGGAGACCUCAAUGAAGAGGUUUACGUGCGUCUCCCUCCAGGAAUGCAGAUGCAAUUACCUCCUUCUGAUAGGCAGAAGGUAUGUCGUCUCCACAAAUCCCUUUACAUGCUCAAACAGGCUUCUCGCCAAUGGUUCGCCAAGCUCUCACAGUCUCUCACCGACAUUGGUUACCAUCAAUGCCUUUCAGAUCAUUCACUCUUCACCAAAACCACUUCUACAGCUUUCACAGCCAUUGUUAUCUACGUUGAUGAUCUUAUCUUGGCUGGGGAUGAUUUGUCUGAAAUUGCUAAGGUAAAAUCUCAUCUGCACUCCCUCUUCUGUAUUAAAGACCUUGGAGAGUUGCGUUAUUUCUUGGGACUUGAAGUGGCUCACAGCCCCACUAGAAUUCAUCUCAGUCAACGCAAAUAUGCUCUUGAAAUCCUUCAUGAAAAUGGGUUCUUUGAUUGCAAACCUGCUUCUGCCCCAAUGGAACCAAAGACUCACCUUAUAUAUAAUGAUGGCACCCCACCUACUGAUGGUUCUUCUUACCGUCGUUUGAUCGGCCAAUUGAUUUACCUCACCACAACUCGCCCCGACAUAAGCUUUGCAACCCAACAGUUGAGCCAAUUCCUGGACAAUCCCACCACUACCCACCUUCGUGAUGCACAUCAUCUUCUUCGUUACAUCAAAGCAUCCCCAAGCCAAGGCAUUUUCUUCUCUGCGACUUCAUCUUUUCAACUCUAUGGCUUCACCGAUUCAGAUUGGGCGGGUUGCCCUGAUAUUCGACGUUCUACAUCUGGUUAUUGUAUCUUCCUUGGUUCCUCCUUGAUCUCAUGGAAGUCUAAGAAGCAAUCGACCAUUACCCGUUCGUCAGCCGAGGCGGAGCAUCGCGCCAUGGCAUUCACGACUUGUGAGAUUCAAUGGCUCAUCUUUCUCCUUCAAGACCUUGGUGUCGUGCACUCUGCUCCAUCUUCCUUGUAUUGUGAUAACCAAUCUGCCCUUCACAUUGCGGAGAAUCCCAUAUUCCACGAGCGCACUAAGCAUAUCAAGCUCGAUUGCCAUCUAAUCCGUGAGAAGAUCCAACAAGGUAUCAUCCGAACCGCAUACGUCCCUUCUUCUUCCCAAUUGGCGGAUUUGUUCACAAAACCCCUGGGUCCUUGUUCUUUUUCUGCUCUCUGCUCCAAGCUUGCCUUGCACAAUCUGUGUAGUCCAGCUUGCGGGGGAGUAAUACGAGAGGAAGAACCUUCUUCUUCCCCAGACCCGCUUGCCAAACAGCUUCUGCACAGUUCUCAGCUUUCAUGGAAUAAGAAGACUUGGCUUCCUAUUUUGAUAAAUUGGGCCUGCAAUUAUUAGAAGAUAACCCACACCAAUAGCCCACUCGAUCGGCCCACUCUUAAUUGCACUGUUGAAUGUCUUUCUGAUGUCUCUUCUUUCACCUGCCAACAUGUACUUUGUAUAUAUACUAAGCUUGGAAGAAAUGAAAGACAACACUUUUCUCUGGUCCCUUCUGAUUUUGUAUCAGCUCCAACGACGAUCUAGUGUUGUAUUCAGUGAUCGUGGCGAGGAAAGGCGAGGAAACGAUGGCGGCGAUUUGGUCAUGGUUGAAGGGCGUGAUUUAGUUGAGUGUGGCUGUCAACCCUCGAUGCGGCGUCGUUGCUGGGGGUAGAGGGAGCGAACACGACACUUGUCGUCGUUGAAUCCCUCAAUCUGGAUGAGGCGGCCGUCGGCAUGGCGGAGCUGCAAGAGUGUCGGUAGUCGGUUGAGACGGUUGGGGGGCGGAAGCUGUGCCUGUAGGUGUUGGAGUCGUACUCGGCGGGUGGGCGGAGCAGCCGCGUGUGACGACCAGCUCGUGGGUCCUCGUGGGAUUUUUUAAUUGUUUUUUUUAAUUUAAUUUAAUUUUGAAUUUCAAAAUAUUUGUUGCCACAUCAGCAAAAUAAUAUCUAGCUCACUUAAAAUAAUGGCACGUCAGUUAU